CAGGCCUCCAGCAGACGUUUAUCUCAAAUACAGCAGAGUCAGCCCUUCUAUGAUGAUGAUUCCUCUCGAAUCUUUUUUCUCCGCGUUCGGGAGACUUGACGCUCGACGUGACUUCAGUUGGAAUUAGACAUGUUUCUCAUCAAACGAAGCGGGAGGAUGCAUUGUCACGGCCACACGCUUUCCUCAUACUCCUCAUGACCUUUUGGGCACUUUCAUUUUUUCGGCCUAUUGCCUCGACACACUUCCGCCAUCUGGUCCGUUCUCAGGUCGCGUCAAAACGAUGUAUUGGAACAGCUCAUGAGGUUGAGAGCACGAACGUCAGUCAUGCCAGGUUUAUUGCGGAAGCACCAACCAAGGCUAAGUGGCACGAUUCUGGGCACGACGUUGAGAAGGGAGGGACUCAGGCGACGGGGGAUGACCUUGACUCUUUGACGGAGGGCAAAGGCAAAUUAUCUCCAACCUCAUCACAUCUGUUCAAGCUCAUUCUGCCUCUUGGCCCCUUACGAGCACAAAUCAAUUCAACAAGCCAGAAUCAAGAUCGUACUGUUCCUACAAAGCCACCGCCACCGACCAUAUUCCUCUUACACCCCUCACAGCCGCUCUCGCACGUCGCGCGGCUCAUACUCGCCUCCCUCGCUCCAGCGAGGCCCUCGGUGUCAUUCCGGAGCAGGACACCCAAUGGUAGCACGUUCUCGUGGGCAGGCUCGACCGACGUUGGCCACUUCAUCCGCGAUGCGGCCCGUGCAAGCGAGUUUGAGAUCUGCAUCGGCGAGGACGCAACGGGUGCCGUUCCAGACGGCCAGAACGUGCAGGCGAGAAUUAGCGUUGAGGUACCGUCGUUUGAAAGCCGGACGCGCUUUCUUCGCCGCCGGCUGGUAGUGGUCCAGGAGGAGCUCAGCAAGAUGGAGGCGCUUAAGCACCAAUGCGAUAUUGAGGCGCGCCGCGGCGCACGGAGAAUGGCGAUGGGUGGCCUUGGCGCGCUCGUCGUAUACUGGGGCACCGUCGCGCGGCUGACAUUCUGGGAUUUUGGAUGGGACGUUAUGGAGCCCGUCACAUACCUUUCCGGGCUCUCAAUGGUGAUUAUGGGAUACCUCUGGUUCCUUUACCAGGGGCGGGAGGUGUCCUACUCAUCGGUGCUGCAGCGGAGCGUCUCCACGCGACGCGAGGCAUUGUAUGAGGCACGCGGGUUCGAUAUCGAGCAGUGGCUCGAGCUCGUGGGCGAGGCCAAGGCGCUGCGCAAGGAAAUUGACAAGAUCGCGGAGGACUACGACGAGCGGCUCCAUCAAGAAAAGCAGGAGGAGGAGGCCUCGCACACGCAAGAGCAGACAACGCGCGAGGAGGCGGAUAGCUUGGCACACGAGUUUCAGGGCGAGGUUGACACGGACAAAGCGUCGGCGGCCGCGGAUCCUGAGGCCAGCAGGGACACGGAGGCAAAAGCUGAUGGUGAGAGGAAGCUGUGAAGUGCUGUUGCGAGCGCAUGAACUGUGGAUAAGUGGGGACGUUAACGGACUACAUAGUGGGGCUUUCGCAGAAGAGCACCCAUUUGUGGUAUGUAGGUUGCAUAGCAUGUGUAUAGCGUGGGUGCGGCCGCCUUGAGUGAGUCGAGUUCAUCUCUCGCUUUCGCUCUGAAUGGGUGCUGCACGGAGUGCGGACGUCCUUGCGGAGACCCGAGGAAACGUGGGUGAGGAAAAUCUUUGCAGUGGAGACAGUGCUCCUCAGGACCUUCUUUGUGAUAUUCGACAAAUUAG